UCGAAUUCUUUAUGAUAUUGAUGUGGUCGCUAUAUGGAAGCCUGAUGAUGAACAGUUAACUGAUCAGGAGACUUCUUAUGCCAGUGGAAGUGGCACUGAUCCUUCUUACUCGCAAUUUCCAAGGCGUGUUUUCAAACAUGUCAAAUAUCGACUAGUGCGUAGCUUAGAAGGGCUAGUUAUUUCUACUACUGUUCCUCCUGCUCUACUACAAACAAAACCUGACUUCACAAGUGAGUGGCUAAUGCAACUAUCUCCGAAUGGUCAAUAUUUGGCUGUUUUACAGGAACAUAAAUUAGAAAUUAGAACAAGCAAGAGUGGGUUUGAAACUAAUCAUGCUAUUUUUCAUUCUAAAAGAGAAGCUUUCCCAAAAUGGAGAAGAAUUGCUUGGAGUUUAGAUUCAAAAAUUCUUGCCACUUCAAGAAGUGAUGGUACAAUUGAAAUAAUUGAUGAAAAUGGCCACUUAAUCUAUUCUAUUUCUCCCAGUUUAAAUGUGAACACUGAAACAAAUAAAGACCUCCAAAAUCAACCACAAUCACAACAACAAGCUAGUUCUUCUUCAAGUUUUUUCCUAGAACCUGUAGCCUUUUUAGCAUUUGUUGAUCCCAAACGUGGCUCCAACAAACAAUUUUUUAAUUAUGAAGGUUAUCAUUACAAACAUGAACUAUUGGUCAUCACUUAUGAUGGUAUUUUACGCAGUUAUCUACUUAAUAGUCCAGAUGAUUUAAUGCCUUCAAAUUCUCAUCAUUAUGUAAAAAAAACUAACAUGACUUAUUCAUGGGAGGGUUCCUCGGAUCCUGGAUAUUUUGUUUUUUAUCACAAAUAUUCUUUUAAAAAAUGGUUGUCUACAAUUGGAAAUAGUAGUGUUGAAUCUUCCUCUGUUACUUGUUGGGUAAUUUUAUCAGAUAGACCUUAUUAUCGUAGAUUAGAAUUGGAAGGAACCAUUGAUGAUUCUGCAGAUGACAUAUCCAAUUUGAGUCAAGGGGUAAAUGAUACAGGGUUAUUUUCCCGAAUACAAAGUAUUUUUGUAACUUGGGGCAAGAGAAAUAAAAAUUUCACUGAUAAAAUAAUCCAUAACAUGAUACUUUCACAUGAUCAACAGAAACUUUUAACGUUGGAUUUUUCUGGUUGUGUAAAAUUAUGGAAAGUUUCUCAUAGUAAAGGCGUAGAUCUUUGUCAUUCAUGGAAUCAAACUGAACUUAAUUAUUUUGCUAGAAGCAGAGAAUACAAAGAUCUUUCAUAUGAACAAUUUAUUAAAAAAAUUUCAGAUAUUGAAUGUGAAGGUGGUAAUGUAUCUGGAAUUUCCGGUUUGGAUAAUGGCAAGGUAUUUACAAUAGGUUGGUGGACAAAUGAAGCAAUCAUAUUAGGAUAUCAGCAUGGCUCAUUAAUUAUUGCCAGCCUCCCUGAUAUGUAUAAUAUAUUAGGUGAUUCUCCCGAGUCAUUUAAAUCAUGUCUAGAAAUUGCAUGUCAGUCUGACAAUCGAUUUUUGGUCAUUGAACAUGAAUUUAAAACAAUUAGAGCACGUGUUCAUGGUGAUAAUGUGAUAUCAUAUUCAAGAGCACAAGAAGAAGGUGUACCAGAUGAAGAUGAGUUUGAUGAUUCAAAAUCUUAUCUAUUGCAAAUUUUACGUACAAUCACUGACUCACUUCAUUAUAUCACUGAUACACUUUUAUGGCAUUUUGAGAGUGAUUCUUCAACAAUUCGUGGUAAGUUUAUUACAAUUUCCAAAAGGACAUUUAGGCUCAAUCGAAUAUCCAAAAUUUUACCACAAGAACUUCUACAUCGUAAAAUAAAUGCACUUGAAUAUGAUGAUGCUUUGAAAAUUGCAGAAACAUAUAAUUUAGACACUGAUAUAAUUUAUCAGGCUCGUUGGCGUGAUUCUGACAUAUCAGAAAAUUCUAUUCAUGAUUAUCUCGACAAAAUACAUGAUUGGGAAUGGGUACUUUCCACAUGUAUUAAUAGAAUACCUAAAACUCCUGAUAUGAUUCGUAAUUUGUUGAAAUAUGGCUUGGAUCAUACAGAUAUUUUAGAUGAGAUGUUUUCCAUAGACUCCAUCAACAAAAAUUCUGAAUCUAAAUUGGAAUUGAUUAAGAAAAAUUUACGCGAAAAACCUAUUAAUUUAGACAAUAGCAUGGAGGAGAUCAUGUCAAAAAUAAAAUUUUCUGAUAAUCAUAUUUUAAUAUGCCGAUAUAGAUUUUAUUUUUUGAAAUUUCUCGAUAGGCUACACACUUAUGAAGAUAUAGUGGAAGAAAAAAAAAGGUUAAAUAUUGAAAAUGGAUUAAUGGAUGCUUUAGAAGAAAAUGGUAAUUGGGUAGCAUUUGUAGACUAUUAUUCAAAAUUUGCAGAAGACUAUGCUUCAUUUCGAGAAGGAGAUAUUAAUAUAAAAGCAAUUUU